UGUAAGAUAAAGCCAGAGCCAUAAGGUGACCGUGUAGGGGUCGGGAGUGUUGGCAGGGCUGGGUGAUGGAGCAAGAUGGCCGCCUCGCCUGGCCAAGUCAGGCUAGAGCAGAGAUUAAGGGUUAAAAUAGGUGAAGCCAAAAAUCUUGUACUCCGUAACCAUGGUAAUUCAGGUCAGCGUGAUGUUUACUGUGCAAUUUCCCUAGACCAAGAAGAAAUAUUUCGAUCAGCGACAGCAGAAAAGACAUUAGACCUUUCAGCCUUCUUUGGUGAAGAGUUCCAGUUUGACAUUCCACGUGAGUUCCGGUUCCUCUCAUUUUAUCUAUAUGAUCGUGAUCGCCCAAUGAAGACUGACAGAAUUAUGGGAAAGGUGUCAAUUAAGAAGGAUAAUUUACACAAAUACCAUGGCAAAGACCAGUGGUUCCCCAUUACACCGGUGGAUGCAGACUCGGAAGUACAGGGCAAAGUUCAUGUUGAAAUUCGAUUACUUCAGAUAAGACAAAUGAAUGAUGGAUACCCACAGCACAAUGUGGAAAUCAAAAUUCAAGAAUGUAGUGACUUGGCAAUAAACAGUGGUUCAUGUGAUCCUUUUGCAAUAGUUACAAUGCUCUACACAAAUAAGAAACAAGAAUCCAAGAGAACAAAGGUUAAGAAGAAAACCAUAUCACCAAGGUUUGAUGAAGUAUUCAUAUUUGAGCAAAGUAGCCAAAGAAGUGGGAGUCAGGAUCGAGAGAACAUGUACAGUUUAGUAGAUGAGGAUGCUGGCUUCCAAGAAGUUCGAGUUGCUCUGUGGCAUGAUUCUCCAGGCGUGUUUGGGAAUGUUUUUCUUGGGGAAGUCAAGAUUCCCCUCAAUGAUAUGCUGCCCGGUGAUGAAAACAAUGCUUGGUAUUUUCUUCAGCCAAGAGAUUCAGCAGGAAAGCACCAAAGGGGAGACCUUGGAACCCUGAGGCUAAACCUUCAUUAUACCUCCGAUCAUGUUUUCUCUAGUCAGUCUUAUGAUUCUCUACGAAACCUCAUCCUUCAAAGCACUGGGAUUGAGCCCAUCACAUCGUCUGUGUCGUGGCUACUGGGUGAAGUGGUACCUCAGAAGCAGGAUGUUGUGCAGCCCCUUACUCGUGUUUUCUUGCAUCAUGGCCAAGUAGUGGCUUUUGUCUCUGCCUUUGCACGUCAUGAAAUAUCAAAGGUCACGGACACAAAUACAAUAUUUCGUGGAAAUACACUUGUUUCAAAGUGUAUUGAUGAACUGAUGAAGCUUGUUGGUCAUCACUACCUACGUUCAACACUUAAGCCAACACUAGAUUUGAUCUUCAGGGAAAGAAAGCCUUGUGAAAUUGACCCCACCAAGUUGCAACAGGGAGAGAGUCGAGAAAUUAACCUAACUAAUCUUAAGGAGUAUAUUAGCCUCAUCUUGAAGGCCAUCAUCAACUCUGCACUCAGUUGCCCACCAGUUAUGUGCCAAAUAUUCUCAGAACUUAAGGAACUAGCCAACACAUAUUUUCCAAAUGAGAGAGAAGUCAGGUAUUCUGUCAUAUCUGGCUUCGUCUUCCUCAGAUUCUUUGCACCAGCUAUUCUUCACCCAAAGCUCUUUGACCUCACCACAGAACAGAUUGAUCCUGCAACACACCGAACACUUACUUUGUUAAGUAAAACAGUUCAAAGUGUUGGGAAUCUGGUUAGCUCUCGAACGUCUCAUCCAAACUUUAGAGAGAUAUACAUGCGAGAGGUCUUCGGUUAUUGUGUUACAGAUAAGCACGUUGAAGGGAUGCGCACGUUUUUGGAAAUAAUCUCGUCAAUUCCCAAUGGAGGCCAGAAAGCCUAUGACACUCCACUUAUACUUAAGGAAGGAACAAUGAUCAAACGAGCACAAGGAAGAAAAAAAUUUGGCAUCAAGAAUUUCAAAACUCGUUUCUUCAGACUAACAACUCACAGUCUCUCAUAUUCUAAGACAGAAGGUGGAACCCCUUUAUGUGCAAUCCCUGUAGAUGAGAUCCUGGCAGUGGAAAGAGUACAGGAAUCGUCGUUCAAAAUAAAAAAUAUGUUCCAACUAGUUCAACCAAAUAGGACACUCUACAUCCAGGCAACGAACUGUGUGGAAGAGAAGGAGUGGCUGGAUCUCCUUACUAAAGUGUGCCAGUAUAACAGCCAUCGCUUGAAACAGUAUCAUCCAGGAGCAUAUAUCAACUCCAUUUGGCUAUGCUGCAAGUCCACAAGUGAACAUGCCCCAGGCUGUAGUGCUGUUUCAAACUAUUUGGAAUGUGACCUAAAAAUUCACAUAGACAGUGAUCGAGAAAUGGAGCGACUGCGUUCAGUGCUGAUGGAAAAUAUGGCCAGCUUAGAAAAGCUACUCAAUGUAUGUGAAAGUGCCACCAUUUAUGGAACUCCACAAGAAGUUGCUGUUGGGGGUAUUGUAUUGGACAAUCCAACUGUGUCUUUGAAGUCCCUCAGUUCAGUUAUUACUAGUGUUACACAAUUACAACAGGAGCAUCGUGAUCACCAGCGAAGACUUCUACGUACCUUAAGAUAUGGAUCAAAACAAGCCCCAAUUGGUGAUGACAACUACUUGCUUCUGGCUUCUAGUAUUGCUAAGUUUGACUUGAACACCAGUGGAAGUGAAAUGACUAAUGCAGUACACAAAACCUCGAGUAGUCCCUGCUGACCUGAGGUGCAUCCUGAAUACAAUUUUGUUGUUGACUGUUGUUGAUUGCAACUCAAUGUGUGUGUGUGUGUGUGUGUGUGUGUGUGAAACAUAUGAUUAUUCACCUCAUCUGUGUUACUCAUUUUCAUGAGAGAAAGCAAAUAAUGCAGUCAGUUAAAAGUUUAUGUAUUGUAUGAUUGGAUUGUUAACCAAUUACAUCUGCAUAGUUCAGAAUUUUUCUGCCAACUUAGAAUCGCAAUUCAUUUCUAGGAUUCAUCAGAUAGUUUUACUGAUGACCUGGGUAUGCUAAUUGCACAUUAGAAUAGCUGUCUGAUCAGUCUAAAAGUUAUUAACAGUUAAAAGUACAUUAUUCGGAUAUUCAUAGGAAUUAACUUAAAGAGCUUGCCAAAUGUGCUUCAAAAUAUUUAAUGGUCUUUUUAAAGAAAAACCAAUUGGUAUUGGCUGACUCCAAUGUCAUUGGUUCGUUGGUAGUUAGGGAACUUGAUAAGACUGGUCUAAAGUUUAUGGUUGAUUCAGAUAGCAUAUUUCUUUGUUGUGAAAUAGUACAUGUGAUACCCUAUUCAAGUACAAAGAGUUAAUUGCAGUUGCUAUUUGUAUUAAAAGAAUCUUCUGAAAAAUUGCAGUAUAUAACCUAAAUUGAACUAAGAAUUCAUAGACAGUAAGAUGAAUGGUAAUGAAAAGAGAUGAAUGGUAAUGGAUAAAAGUAAACUGUGUAGAAUAUAUGUUAAUAGACUUUUUGCUCUAAAUAGGUUAUACUUUGAGGCUAUGACCAAGAAUUUUUAUAUUUUAGUGUAUAGAUUAGCAUAAAAGUUUGUUAUUUAAUUUUGUAAGUGAUUAACUGGUAAAGGUUAACUAUCCUUCCAGUCUAGUUAAUGAAAGGAGUUCAGGGUGUGACAUUGGUGUGACCAAAGUCAUUAGCAUAUGAAAUGUGAAUGUUUGGGCUUAGCUUUCAAAAGGUUCCAUUUGAGUCUGUUGCAACAUGCCCUGAGCUGUUGUUGCAUGGACUUUCAGAUUUCUCUGAAAUUAGCUCUCUACCUGUUUAGAAACAUGAUUUUAUCUUGAAGAGCUAAUAUUUGUAAGAGAUUAGGAUUACAUAGGGAAGUUUAUAAUGCACGCCAAAGACAAAAUUAUCUGGAUUGAAAGGAACAAGGAUUUUGUGAUUUUGCAUUGCUAGAUACAUUAGUGUACUUAAGUUGGGCCGAAUAACAGUGGAGACUCAGAACUGUAUACAGAAAUAUUUCCCUUUUCAUAUGACUUGCUCGUGCCUGAUUCCAACACUUUUUAGAAAUUAACAAAUGCUGUGCUACUUUUCAAAUUCAUUUUUGUAAAUAUAAUUAUGUAGUAGAACUUUUGUAUUCAUAAAUGCUAAAGAAUUUCAAGUCACUUUGUGAUAUGUUUUGACUAUAUUGAUAAGAAUUUUUGCUUCAUAAUUUAGCCAUUGAUUUCAAUCAUUGUACUAAAUGCAGCUAUCAGUCCAAACAACUUAUACAGUAGUACCCCGAUUUACAUGGUCAAUUGAACCCACAGGGUACCGCGGAAAGUGAAAUCCGCGUAAAUGGAACAACAGAACAUAUGGGAUUA